AUGUAUGUAGUGAAUUUACGAGAAUUCAAGAAACUUCCAAUAUGUCUAUUUCUAUUCAAUAUUAUCAUUGUUGCACGAGCAGUCUUCGUACAAUCUUCAGGAAUUUUCACCAAACAAGAAUGCUUAUUCGAUCCAACACCACACUCCAAAUGGAAAACAUGCAGUUGCGAAAAUCUUGAUGGUGAGGGUAGUAACAUUCAUGUGAAAUGUUACCGUCAACCAUGGACAAUCAUACCAACCAUUCCAUAUGAUAAUCGAUCACUUUUCUCUCAUAAUGAUACGGUUUAUAACAUCGUUGCACUAUCGAUUAUGCACAGUAGUGUAGCAUUUAUCAAUCAGGAUGCAUUCAAACAUCACAAUAUUCAAAUUCUCGAUUUCACCAAUAAUCAUAUCGAAACAAUUAAUGUGAACGCGUUUCGUGGUCUUGAGAACAAACUUUACCAACUAACACUAAAUCAGAACAGCCUGACGUCAAUACCAUCCUCGGCGAUGACAUACCUUUAUCAACUUCGAUAUCUGCACUUGACUCAUAAUAUGAUAUCCGAAAUUAAAUCAAAUACAUUCGAUGAAACUCAACUCAAAAAUCUUCACUCCCUACAUCUCGACUAUAAUCAGAUAACUAUGCUACCAAAAAAAUCGCUUCUACGACUACCACUCCAAGUGUUAACUCUUUCAAAUAAUCGGAUUACUGAGAUUGAAAAACUAGCAUUACCAACGACAGUUUGGUUCCUGGAUUUGAAAAAUAACCUCAUCCCCGAGAUACCAUACCUUGCGCUACGAGAGUUGAAACAGUUACGCACUUUAGAUCUAGAGAGUAAUAAUAUUACUGAAAUUGGUAACAACCCCGAAGUGAAAUUUGUUUCGGAGAUUGAUCUAAAACUAAGCAAUAAUCGAAUCAAAUAUAUCAAAGAUAACGCUUUUGACAGUUUCCAGAAAUUUGGUCGAUUAGAUUUAAGCUACAACCAGAUUUCAGCAAUAUCCGGAGCUGCCUUUAAUUCAAUCAGUCAAAUGCAACAAAUCGAUUUAAGCUAUAAUAGGAUAGUACAUAUACCAGUAGGUACAUUCAAAAAUAUGGCCAAAUCGUUGAAAUGGAUAAAUUUGGAGGAGAAUCAAUUACAUCAACUACCAAAUGCUUUGCAACCGUUACGGACAUUGGAGAUUUUAAACAUGAAUGGCAAUAAGCUGACUGUACUGGAUACCAACAUGAUUAAUAACUUGAAACCAGUUUUAACCGAGCUUCUCCUAGCAUUUAAUCGGUUAACCGAGAUACCAACCCAAGUACUGAAUGGGAUGAGUCGAUUACGACAUCUCGAUUUGUCAAAGAAUAGGAUUCGGUACAUACAACGCUUAGCUUUCGGGAAAUUUGAUGGUACUGGAACAAGUUUACUAAAGUUGAAUCUGGCUGGAAACCUGAUCGAAAAUAUUACUGAUUCUGGUUCUUUCCUUUACAUGAGCUCACUAGCAUAUCUGGAUUUAUCGCACAAUCGUAUCAGCUAUCUUAAUGAUAAUGCCUUUGAACGACUUGAAGGUCUCGAGUCCCUUUUUCUACAGAGCAACCAACUCAAUCAAUUCCCCAUUACUACCCUUGGUAAUAUAAAACGGCUACGUUAUCUACUUUUGGAUGAUAAUCCGAUAACCAUUCUACCUGAUUAUUUCCUCCGCAGUCUUCAAUUUCUACAGCGUCUGUCGCUCACUCGUACAAAACUCCAACACAUCACAAAUCGUACAUUUUCUAGUCACUCUGCACCAAAUUUACGUUCCCUGAAUUUGGCUUUUGGCCAUAUUAACUAUAUUUCCACUGGAGCAUUCAACAAUAUGGACAGUUUGGAACAACUGACACUUAACAACAAUAAGCUAACAAGUAUCCAGACAUUAACAUUUUCGUCGCUACGUAAUCUACGCCAGCUUAGUCUGGCCGGAAAUGCGAUUAGUAUGACAACAGAACGAUCGAUAAGUGAUAUACCAACCCUAGAGAAUUUAUCGUUGGCUCGAAAUCGUCUGCAGCAAUUAAACAAGGCAACUUUCGUUAAUCUAAAUAAUCUGGAGCAACUCGAUUUAAGUUACAAUCAACUUCGGACAUUUGACUUUACAUUUCUGGCUCAAAGUUUGGUGAAUAUCAAACAUCUUGAUCUAUCACACAAUCGUAUUAUUACGAUUGAUUUGCAUUCAGCAAAGCGAACCUUGACAUACCUCAAUCUAGCAUACAAUCAAUUACAAUCAAUCGGGAAAAAUUUGCUAUAUGAUUUUGGUCAGCUAAAAGUUCUCAAACUAGAUCAUAACGAAUUAAUCGAAGUACAAAGCAAUGCAUUCGCAAUGUGUAAAUGGCUCACCGAACUCAAUUUAUCCCAUAAUCAUCUCAGAAUACUACAUAAAGGCACCUUUGCAGAGCAGAAUAUUUACGACAGUCUUAUACUACGAAACAAUGCCAUCAUCAGCUUGGAUAGAGACACAUUUGGAGUCAAUAAUGUUCACAAGCUUGAUCUUGCUUAUAAUGAACUCAAGAAAAUACCUCACCACGCAUUCAGUUCAAUCCAAAAUAGCCUUACUAAUCUGAAUCUAAGGGGAAAUCGAAUCCGAUCGAUAAAUGCAAAUGAUUUCGAUGGUAUGGAGAAUCUAACGGAACUAGUUUUGGCUGAUAACCAUAUAGAAACUAUUGAAGAAGCAGCAUUUUCAAAAAUGCAAAAGCUGAUAAAACUGGAUAUUAGCCAUAACCCUAUCACAUCAUGGAAUCCACACGCAUUUCGAGAUUUGAGUAACGCUAUGGAAAUACUUGAUCUAGCAAAUACAGGUUUAUUUUCACUACCAAAAAUUUACAACCAUGGACUUCGACUUCUGAAUAUCAGCAACAAUAAAAUUCAUGAACUGAACGCGGCACAUCUAAUUAACAACCGUAAAUUGGUAACAUUCGAUAUUUCUUACAAUAAUUUUAAAGAACUUGAUUCGGAAAUGUUUGCCGAACUUGUUGAGUUGAAACAUCUCAAUGUUACCGGGAAUCCAGUCAUUAAAGUUACGGAUAGACAUCUUCGAAAUCUAUACAAUCUUGAAACGCUCAGAUUAUGCGAUAUGGAAGAGCUAAUUCGUCUACCGGAACCAUAUUCGUUUCGAAAAUUACGCCAUCUACGCAAUUUUCAUAUUUACAAUCUUCCCCGUGUACAGGCUUAUAACAUAUCAGAUAUCCUCAAACAUCUACCUCCAUUACGCAGUCUGGCUAUAGAAAUCAGGGAAGCACGCUUGACAACGCAGAUGUACAGUGCUGACCUUAGAUUACUACGUAAGAUUGUAAUCACUGGGAAACAAUUAUUUAAAAUCGAUACGGGUGCAUUUGCGCAACUACGUGGCUAUAAAGUAGACUUAACAGUACGUGAUACUGGAAUCGAAGUAUUUCCACCAUCAAUAUUCAACACUUUAACUGCUAUUCGUUUCCUAUCACUUUCACUACAGAAUAACCACUUGCAAACCCUUGAACCAUUUCCACAUACCAAACCACCCGUGCUCAAUCAGCACGGCACUAUACUGCACAAUCUACAGCUAACGGGUAACCCAAUUAUAUGCGACUGUCGACUAAAUUGGAUCGGUGACUGGAUUGAAUAUUACCAAAGUGUUAACGCAGCCUAUGAACAACCUCUCGAUGAUACUCGCUGCGCUGAUCAGGCUGGUAGCGGGACAACACUUCACAAUGCUUACACUUCAACAAAUCGUACAGCGUGCACAGCGGGUAGUAUCAACAGUAGUAGUAAUUCAAUUCGUACUCUCUCUAAUCUUUUAUUUCCGCUUUUGUUGGCACUACUGAAUUAA